GGAGGCGGAAGAGGUGUGUUUUAUUCACACUGACACACAUCGAGGUUUCCACUAAACAGCGAAAACACACAAAGCCCAGCUGAGCUCAGGAGAUCAGAAGAAGAGCUUCAGAGGUAAAAACGGGGGAAAGAAAGAAAGAAAGAGCGCAAACUUAAACACAAAGUGAGUGCUCAUCUGUUGCGGGACUUCUCCUGUUCUCAGUCUGAGAGGAAAACUGCUGCAGUUCAGAGACGGAAACAACAACAGCAGCGAGACGAGCAGCAGACCUUUAUACAGACAGAGACCUGAAACAAAAGCACAUGAGACCAGAGAGCUGCGUUUCAUAACACUGCAUCCAAUCACACCUCAUCUGGCACCAUUCAGUGUUUGAUGCCACCAGAAUGGGGAACAGCAGCAGCGACCGGUCUGGUGGGGGUCAGGGUGAGAGGUCAUACAGAGAUGGACAACAAGGAGGGAAAGAGGCCCGUCCCAACAUCCUGAUGGACAGCACGGACGACGCAGACGCAGAAGACACAAAGGCUCCACAGGAAAUACAGGAAUUUCUGGCCUGGCAGCAGGACCUGGAGAGUGAUAGCAAAAGUCCAACGCAGGCCAGACCCACGAUGUUCAGGUGGCCGGGGGCCGCCAAAGAAGUCUUUGUGUCCGGCUCUUUUAACAACUGGGCCACCAAGAUCCCGCUCAACAAAAGUCAGAAAAACUUUGCGGCUAUUGUGGAGCUGCCAGAGGGGGAGCACCAGUACAAGUUCUGUGUAGACGGUCAGUGGACUUUGGAUCCUAAUGGGGCUGUGGCGACGUCUAAAACUGGCACAGUUAAUAAUGUCAUCCAGGUGAGUAGGACUGACUUUGAAGUCUUUGACGCCCUCAGGAUCGACUCUGAGGAAACUGCAGACAUCUCAGACUUGUCCAGUUCCCCUCCCGGCCCCUACCUACAGGAAGCAUAUGUGACCAAGCCAGAGGACAAGCUCAAGCAUCCUCCUAUCUUACCCCCCCACCUGCUGCAAGUGCUGCUCAACAAGGACACAGGUGUCUCUUGUGACCCGACGCUACUUCCAGAGCCCAACCAUGUGAUGCUCAGUCACCUGUACGCCCUCUCCAUCAAGGAUGGAGUGAUGGUCCUCAGUGCAACGCACCGAUACAAAAAGAAGUAUGUGACCACGCUUCUCUACAAACCGAUAUAAUACACAGAGCCAUGACCCAGCCUCUUGUUUUGAAACACUAAUAAUUCCUCUGUUGUUGUACACAGCUGUCUUCGAAUUGUUUUGUUAAAACUGCACCUAAAUAUCUUCCUGAUAUCAUUCAAAACAUUUGUUAAAUCUCUUUUUACCGUCCUGUAAUCUUAUAAUCUAAUAAAAUAUUGUAAAGUUAAA